AUGUCUCAGCCUCAGGUAUUGUUUUGCGUCAAGACCUCGGUCAAGUGUAUGCUUAGACAAGUCCAGUUUAACGACCCAGCCUUGGUUCGAGAGCACGCUUUUGUCAACGAUCCCGCCACUGGGGGUGUUAUCGGAUCAUGCCCCGAGCUUAGCACUCAAGAGGUUCAACAUGCGAUUCAAUCAGCUUCUGUAGCCCAAGAAUUGUUCAAGUCUUCUGAUACGAGGAUGCGUGCAACAAUGCUACAGAACUGGGCCCGGGUGAUGCGUGAGAGCAAAGCGGAUCUCGCACAACUUCUGACCUGGGAGAAUGGCAAGCCUAUCAAUGAGGCGCGAGCGGAGAUUGAGUAUGCGGCAUCAUUCCUAGAGUGGUUUGCUGGAGAGGCUGUCAAGUCCUAUGGAGACCUUAUACAGCCUAGCAACCCUACGAGACCGGCUAUUGCAGCCGGAUGUGCCGUCGUUCUCAAAGCACCUGCAGAAACGCCUCUCAGUGCAUUGGCCUUGGCUGAGCUAAGCUUGCGCGCUGGCGUUCCUAAAGGAGUCUUUAACGUGGUUACGGCUGACGAGAAUACAGUCGGCACGGGCCACAUCCUCACUAGCAGCCCACUCGUUCAAAAAGUGUCUUUUGCUGGUUCUACUCGAGUAGGCAAGAUUCUUAUGAGCCAGACCUCGCCUGCUCUGAAAAGGCUAUCUAUGGAGCUUGGCGGAUUGGCACCCUUUAUUGUGUUUGAGGAUGCAGAUAUUGAAAGGGCAGUUGAUAGUGCUAUUUCUUGCAAGUUUCGUGGAUCGGGCCAAACAUGCGUCUGCGCAAACGUCUUCCUGAUCCAUAAACAAGUAUAUCACACCUUUGCAGCCAAGUUUGUCCAUCGAGUUAAGCAGUUUCGCCUCGGGAACGGGUUCGAUGCGGCCACAACCCAUGGUCCCCUCAUCCACGACAAGGCUGUGGCAAGGGUUGAUGAUCAGGUCAAGGAUGCUCGAGAGCAAGGUGGUCGAGUUGUUUUAGGUGGAUACCUUCUACCUGAGCUUAGAAGCAACUUUUACGCGCCGACUGUCAUCUUAGAUGCCCACGCCGGCAUGAAGUUUGCACAAGACGAAACCAUUGGUCCUGUGGCAGGUCUUAUCCACUUCUCCACAGAGGAGGAGGCCAUUGCAAUUUCCAAUCGGUCUGAUGCUGGAUUAGCGGGCUACUUCUUUAGCAGGGAUGUGAAACGGUGCUGGAGAGUAGCAGAAAAGCUUGCCGUCGGUAUGGUUGGGGUCAACACAGGUAUGAUAAGUGACCCGUCGACUCCUUUUGGGGGCAUUAAGCAGAGUGGAUUUGGCAGAGAAGGAAGCAAAUACGAUCUCGACGAGUAUACAACCAUUAAAACGGUUACUUUUAGUGUUGGGGCUUAG